UAGAGGGAAAAUAGAAAUAUGUAUUUCUGUAGCUCAUGAACGCCUACACUGGGCACGUACUCUCUACCAAUGGCAAAGCCCGAUGUUACUGCUCUUGUCCAAUAGUGUCCGCUUUCACAGGGCAGUGGGUCCAUUCUCAGCGCGUUUGUUCCUUCAAUGUUGGCAGAGGGCCGGUGUCCUAGCAGAUAUUGGUAUAAUAGCCCAAACACUUCAAACGGUGAGGUGUGUCUUGUUUAGCGCGUCCACUUCUUAAUUAUACUGUCAAGGAGAGUUCUACUUCUUCUAAAAGAGGAACCAACACGAGUAAGCUAAUGUGCUAAGAUUGUAACUGGAAGUAUCAAGUUUGUGUACACGGGUAAUUUUGCAGAUUUAAUCCAACAAGAGGCGCUAGUUAGCUAACAUAGCCAGCUAAAUACUUCAUUUUGUUGUUACCGAGGCGGAGUUGCUUUUCAUAGCGAGCAACAUGCCGGAAUAUCUGGAGGACCCCUCUGUUCUCACCAAAGAUAAACUCAAGAGCGAGCUUUUGGCCAACAAUGUUGCUCUCCCAACCGGAGACCAGCGAAAGGACGUUUAUGUGCGUCUGUAUCUGAAAAACUUGACCGUGCAGAACAACAAGAUCCUAUCUACAGACGCCUUCUCCAGCGACGAGGAGUUGCUUGUCCCGGUAGUGUCAAACAAAAGUCGCUCGGGCAGGAAAGCCACGAGGAAAACAGACAAGCCUCGGCCAGAGGACCUGGAUGUGACUGAGCUGACCAGUGAGGGCCUGAAGGAUGAGUUGCUCAAAUAUGGAAUCAACGUAGGACCCAUCGUGGCCUCAACCCGUAAGCUGUAUGAGAGAAGGCUCCAGAAGCUGUUGGACCAGGGUCCUCCUGAGACCGUGGCUUUACCGGUGGUCAUCACUCAGGUAGACAGCAACCACAACGGCAACUCUGACUCAGACCGUUACAGCGACAAGGAAGAAGAGGUGACUACAGAACCAGAGCCUGUCCCAGUCCCCAUGGUGGAGAAACCUGUCAGAAGCAGAGGGAAGACCCCAGUCACCACCAGGACCCGCAGCAGCCAGCACAACCGGAUCUAUGCUCCGGAGGAGGAUGAUGAUGAUCUUGAGGAAGAGCAUCCUGUGUUGAACAUAAAGAGACCAUUGAGGAGAUCGUCUCAUAGAGUCGACCAGAUGGUCCCUGCAAGCGAUGAUACUGAUGUCUCUGAGCUAUCAGCUGGUGAGGGAGUUCUUCACCCUCCAAGAGAGGCAAAGACCAAGGCACCUCUGCUUCUGGAAGUCCUUAAGGAACCUAAGCCUAUAUUGGCAGAGAAGCCAAGCUCUAAGUCCACUCCCUUACUGCAUGGCCUAGCCCAUGCCCAGUCCACUCGGACUAUCCAUCAGGUUGUCCUAACAGCCAGGGCCGAGUCUCCAUCACCCAGACUGACUCAGCUGUGCUGUGAGGAGGAUGGUGGUCUUCCUCUCACUCUGACUACGAAAGCUCCCAGUAGUGAGCUAAACACCCUACUCAAUACAGCUCUUUUAGAGGAUCCUGCACCAAGUAUCCAUGCUCCAGUAGGACAGAGCAUAAGACCCCUGAAACAAUGGCCUCUGGGGGUACCACAGGAAGUCCGCCCGCUCCAAGUAGCCAACUCUUCCCCACUACCUCGUUUGUCUGGAAAUGACCCCUUGGCCUCCUUCACCGUCAGGCCUCAGGAUCAGCGUAAGUCUAAAAAUGACCUCGAACCUAAGUGGAAACAGCAGAAAAACACCCCCUUCCUCUCCUCUGUGACCCCAGUGAGGGGGCAGGACAGUGUCUCCUCGAGUAUCUCUAAGGAGCCAUGGGUGGAGAAGAUAGCAGCUGGUGAGCAGACACCCAACAGGGUGGAUGAGAAGAAUAUCCUGAAGGAGAUGUUCCCCUACGAGACCAACACUCCAACAGGAAUCAACGCCACCUGUCGACGGCCCAUCCGAGGGGCAGCCGGCAGGCCCCUAAAGUCUGGUGACCUGUGGACAGAUGAGACCCUCCUGCGCUCCUCUCACUCUUCCUACACAGAGAGCCGCACCGCCACCGUCCACAGAGUCCCCACCCUGCCCCCCUCUACCAGCCUGUUAACGUCAGUGGCACCCCCUGCUGGAAAGGCCAUAGCACCACCCCAUGGCCUGCCUGUCUGGCUGAAGCUGCUGCUCCUCGGCAUUGUAGCUGGCUUCAUAUUCUUCAUCUACCAGACCAUGGAGACCAACGCUAUGGCCCCCUUCGGAGGGUCCUCAGAUUCCAUGCAGACCAGUGGCAGUGAGGUCCGCAAGUGAAGCCUGGAAGACAGUGCUCUGGCAGCAUAAUGUUACUUCCACCACUUUCAUCGUUCCUCGCUUCCUUGGCAUUUUUGUUUUUUUUCUCCCCUGUUUCCGUCACUCAUAAUUGGUUAAAUGGUCUGGUACGGGAGCCUAAUCUGUAUCGACGCCUCCUGAAGACGGCAAUGUCCAAAAUGAUAUAUUGAACGUUGAAGAUGACCACCACUUCUCAUUCUAAAAUGACAAUACUGUCUUCUGUUUGUUUCAGUCCGUCCUUUCCCCAUCUGUGAGGCUGAGAGAAAGCCAGUCGCACCAAUGAUCUCCAGAUAACGUACAUACACCAAAACAGUGGCUUCCAAAUUAUGUGAACUUGCCUUAUAUGUCUAUGUUUUAGUUUUACAUCUCUGCAUGGUGUAAUCGUAUGAUUGCAUUUGCCGGAGUCUGUGAAAGAGAAUUGCCUGUGUCUGUGUUUAACACGGUUUGCUUUUGUAAUGCUGUCACCAUAAUCUAAUGCAGUUAUUAGCAAAAAAAAAAACUGUCAGGCAAAGACUGAAGGAAUUUCAA